AUGCUGAGACCAACACAAGUAGCUCUGUCAAGAGCAUCGACGAUAGGUUGGAUAGGGCUCGGAGCGAUGGGCCAUCCCAUGGCUCUCAACCUGUUCACCAAGACUUAUCUAGCAUCUCAGAAUUCCAGCUCGUCUAGUGCACCAGGCUAUAUGAUAUGCGAGCAGGAUGAUGUCAGAGUGUCGUCGUUUCUGUCCAAAUUGCGCGAGAGGGGAGGAGGUGAGCUAGCUGGGAAAGUUGAAAGAGUUGAGAAUGGAAGGGAAAUGUCCAAGAUGGCUUCCAGGAUACUUACGAUGCUCCCUUCAACCCCACAAGUGGAAAGUGUCUAUCUUGACUCGGCCAACGGUAUUUUAUCUGGACUCCAGACAUUAUCAAAGGACGAACCUCCGCUUUUACCCCUUGCCACAUCAGACCAGAACGAGGGAAUCGAACAACUUUCAUCUUCUGCCACCAUCUCACCUGGACCAUCCACUCCGUCCCCUGUUGUACCACCCCUAGAUUCAUCAACCACCAUCAGCCCUACCACCUCUUCUCAGCGGGAAUCAUCCCCUCACACCCUCUUGAUAGAUUGUACGACACUCUCUCCCGUCUCCGCAGCCAAUAUCGCAAAAAAUAUCCACGAAUCUACAAGCGGGAAAGUAGUAAUGUUAGAUGCGCCUGUUUCAGGUGGUACCGUAGCAGCAAAGAAAGGCGAAUUGACAAUCAUGUUUGGAUCACCUUCCAAUGAAGCUACGGAAUUGGCAUUACCUUUGUUACAGACUAUGGCGGGAAGAGAUAGGAUAGUAUAUUGUGGUGAGAAUGGGAAAGGUGUAGGAGUCAAGGUCUGCAAUAAUUUGAUAUUAGCCAUAAAUCAAAUCGCUCUUGCCGAAGGAUUAGCACUAGGUAACAGUCUAGGUAUAGAUCCGAUUUUAUUGCAUAAUGUCAUCAACACAUCUUCAGGCCAAUCGUGGUCAUCAAGGGUGAAUACUCCAUUGGAAGAGAUAUCUGGAUCGCCGGGAGAAAGGGGAUAUGACGGAGGGUUCCAAACUCGCUUGAUGCUAAAGGACGCAGGACUAGCUCUCGAAUCAGCUGCUGCACUAGAUUUACCCAUACCUAUGACAUGGGCUGCUAAGAGUAUAUACGAAGCUGUAUGUAGGGAGGGAAAAGGUGAAUGGUCGACUAAAGAUUUCAGUGUGGUAUAUGAAUGGAUAAAAAAGAAACAGCUUGAAGGUGUUGAGAGGGGAUGGAAAGCUGAUCCGACCGAGACGUAA